AUGAACAAAUUCGUUCGUUAUGCUACACAUCUGGUGAAGAAUCCCCGAAAAUAUUUCUUAAUACCUAACUUUGGCUCGGCAGCUUUGCCAAUAACAACCUAUUUUGACAUCGUCGAAUGCUUUGUAUUAUUAAGUCAUGAACAAAGCGAUUUAAAGACGACAAUGUCGACAUCAGAAGCAACACAAAAGCAAAAGCCCAAAUUGAAAUAUUAA